AUGUCUGCACCAGGAGACCCUCCGCUUGAGUUGCAGUAUCGCCCAAUCUUUCCUUCAUUCCAUGUGCUGGAGAAUCACGACCGCACUUCCGACGUCUAUCAAUCAUUUCCGUUUCUUCCUGGUUUCGAAAGCAUCUCUUUUGAAGAGCAACGCCUCCACGACAUGACUCCACCUCCUCCUAUGGCUGUUGGCAAGGUCGGCAAGCUUUCUUCAAGCGCCCUCCGAUCUCUCAAAGCUGCCUACAAGAGUCACCAACCGUCAAAGCAUCAUGACUUCGAUCUUCUUGAUCCGUUCUUCAACGCCAUGUGGAGACCUGGUCAGGGUUCCGACACUACGCACGAACUCAAUGCACAGGAAGACUCGAUCAAAGCAGAGACUGAGCCAGAAACAGAAGAGAUACGUGACGCCAAGAGGGAGUCCGUCAUCGAAUGCAAGCUCGAUGUAGACGUAGCAGCAUUCAGAGUUUACACAGAAUGGGUCUACUCAGGUCAAAUCCAGUGGGGAGCCUUGAGUGUCAACGCAGAAGACAUCGACUUCUCUUCUAUUGGUGAAGCAUACAUUCUCGGUGAGAAGUUGUUGGACCGAAACUUCAAGAACGCUAUCGUCAACUUGCUUCUCCGAACAAUCGUCGCACAAGGCAAGAUGGACCUUACUCUGCCGACACUAGUUUUCAAAGAGACUUCGGCUUCGGCACCUCUGAGAAAGCUCCUGGUCGAUAUCUGGGUCUGCUAUGGACACAAGGACUGGCUAAAGCCAGAUGAAUAUAGGCAGACUAUUUCUGCUACCUUCCUUUCGGACUUGUCAACUGCCUUUCUCGAUCUCCAUGGUCAUGACGAGAUUCCUAAAUCCAAUCUAUCGACCCUGGACACCUGCAAAUACCAUGAGCAUCCAGAUGGCAAGCCCUGUUCGGUCGGCAGACGCCACCCUCGAGAGAUCGUUGAGCCGGAAUGA